CUACUCCACUCUCUCUCCCUCUUUAACUAUCUCUCUCUCAACAAGUGUAAGUUAGCGACAUACAAUGGCUUCACUUCUUGUCCUCUUCGUCUUCUUCUUCAUCUCCUCUUGUUCUGCUCAAUCCUACAAUGUCUUGUCUUUCGGAGCUAAACCGGACGGAAAGACAGACGCAACCAAAGAGUUUAUGGCGGUUUGGAAAACCUCUUGUGCCUCGUCUCGUCCCGUGACCAUUGUGGUUCCUAAAGGCCGGUUCUUGUUAAGGAGCCUUAAUUUCGACGGUUCCAAGUGCAAGCCCAAGCCCAUCACGUUGCGUAUCGAAGGUACAUUGGUGGCUCCGGCUGAUUAUAGAGUUAUCGGUAAUGAAGAUUACUGGAUUCUUUUCCAGCAUCUUGACGGAGUCACCGUCUACGGUGGACACGUUUUUCCAGUUCUUGACGCUCAAGGAACUUCUCUAUGGGGUUGUAAAAAAUCCGGCAAGAAUUGCCCUAGAGGAGCCACGACCAUAGGGUUUCAGAGCUCAAACAACGUCGUGGUCUCCGGGCUGACGUCACUCAACAGCCAGAUGUUCCACGUUGUCAUCAACGGUUGCAACAACGUAAAGCUUAAAGGAGUCAAAGUAUUAGCCGCAGGAAACAGCCCCAACACAGACGGUAUCCACGUCCAGUCUUCCUCCAUCGUCUCUAUCUUCAAUACGAAAAUUUCCACCGGCGACGAUUGUGUCUCCAUCGGUCCCGGAACUAACGGUCUCUGGAUCGAGAAUGUCGCAUGUGGCCCCGGUCACGGCAUCAGCAUUGGGAGCCUGGGGAAAGAUGCAGUGGAGUCAGGUGUACAGAACGUGACUGUGAAAACGGCGACGUUUACAGGAACGCAAAACGGAGUGAGGAUUAAAACAUGGGCCAGGCCCAGUAGUGGAUUCGCUAGGAACAUCCGUUUUCAUCAUUGUGUAAUGAACAACGUAGACAACCCCAUAAUUAUUGACCAGAACUACUGUCCUCGUAACGAAAAUUGCCCUCGCCAGGUUUCGGGUAUCAAAAUCAGCGAUGUGUUGUUCGUAGAUAUACAUGGAACAUCGGCAACUGAAGUUGGAGUGAGACUUGAUUGUAGUCCUAAGAAACCGUGCACAGGAAUUCGACUUAAGGAUGUGAAAUUAUCGUACCGUAAUAAACCGGCUGCGUCAGCUUGUGUUCAUGCAGGAGGGAUAGAAGCUGGAUUGUUUCAGCCAAACUGCCUCUGACAAAGUGAAAAUAUCUCUUUUUCUAGUUAUGACAUUACUUAAGGUUAAAAUAAGUAUUGUAAAUUAUAGUUUCGCAGUUUCCGAAACGUACGGUUCAGGAGAAAUUGAGAUGCAUGAGCCUGUGGCUGUUGACGGUCCACUAGGCCGAGAGUCUGGCCUUGUUUUGUAGGGGGAUAUAGUCCAUAGCAACCAUUGAUGAUUUCAUAUGUGUUGUGUGAGUUUUGUUAUUUGAUAGAUUUAAUAUUAUUUUUAUUUACUUAUUUGGGAUUUUUUAAAUAAUAAUUUUCUUUAUUAUAUGGCUUUUACAUUUGUCAUUUGUUAUUGGGAAAAAAAAUAUAUUA